AUGCCUGAAAAUCCAGAAACUCCCAAAAUAAAGGCGGCAUCUGAUACCGUCGAAGAUAUUGCAGUGGAACUGAUUCAUUUGGUGCGCACCGAUUUGCACGAAAGAGAGAAACCCUACAAACUCCAGUACGAUCCAGGGAAUGGGAUUCCACGCUCAAAUUGCACAAAUCAGAUAUACGAUUCCAUCAUCGUCCGAGAUUUGCGUGCCUGCAGAGAGUCCCUCUCCUUCGAUGUGAAUGGGUUUACGGUCCUAGACAUGGAGUCUAAAUUGAAGCCCAGCGAUUUUUAUGACGAAGCCCGCGUCAAAGAUGUGUACUACAUGGAACUCAAAGACCUUCUUUGCCAAUUCUUUGAUUCUUCACGGGUCGAGAUCCUAGAGCACUCGGUACGCCAUCCGAAGCGUUUCACAUUGAUGCUAGCAGUGAUGGCUCAUGAUUCAAAGAUCCGGAAACGCCACCCCCAAUUUCCAGUCUCGACAGGCGAGGACUACGAGUUCCUUCAGCCAACUUCGGUGGUGCACACAGACUUCACAGAAAAUUCGGCUCUAGAAGCCAGUAGGGAUGUCCUCAAAGUGGACAACGAGGCCUACUCCCGCAUCAUGUGCGUCAAGUAUGUCUCGAGCACGGGCAAACAUCUGGGACUCUUGCUGAUCAGCGGCAGUGUGUGGAAACCCUUGCAUGGCCCCGUCAUAGACUGGCCCUUGGGCCUUUGCGAUGUCAAGUCGGUCAACAAGGAAAGAGACUUUGUUGCUUCAGAUGUGGUCUCUCGAACAGGAUACACCGAGAACUAUCUGGUCUACUACAAUCCUGAACACCGCUGGUACUAUUUGAGCAACCAGACAGCAUCUGAAUUGGUGCUCUUCGGCCAAACAGAUAAUCAGUCAGAUUACUUCAUCGGCGUACCCCACGCCGGGUUCGAAGCCCCGCAUUCCGCUUCUCAGGCGAAGCCGAGAGAAAGCAUCGAAGCGAGAGCAUUCAUCUACUACGAAUGA